AUGCAUGAUUUGAGAAUGGGCUAUAAACAAUCGCUGCUGCAACGUUUACAACAUCUCGAAAUGUCGGCAUAUCAGAAACUGCAAAACGAUACUAAAAACGUGGAAUCGGAUAACGAAACUCAAGCGGUCGCGGCUCAGGUCACCGAUUUUAGUAUACAAAGAAUUUUGGGUGAAACAACGGAAAAAUGUCCCCCCGUACAAUCGCCUCCUACUUCAUCGAGUUCUAUAACUCAAGAUACACCACCCUGCAGUCCCAAACUAUAUGCUCCAGUGCCUACAAAACCAGCUCCAGUUACAGUGGAUAUUUUGGAUUUAUCAAAGAGCAAAGCUAGCGAAAACUUUGAAAGACUUAACAGCCAUACCAAUGCAACAACAAAUGCCACAUCUAUAACAGAAUAUCCAUACAAUCCCAGUACAUUAAUGCCUUAUCCCGCAAUACAUCCCAAUAUAUUGGCUGCAGUGGCAGCGGCAAAUGCCCAAAAGUUUUAUGCCCAAUUUUUUCCUCACAUUUUGCCCGGCGGCUUAUAUGGCCAGCUGUCCAUGGCUAGACCAACACCGACGGUCUAUCAGCAAAAACGUUAUUUUGCCCCCUAUGUACUCAACAAUAGCUGCAACAACCCACCCAACCAGUCAGUGGCCCAUCCACCUCUGACACCUCCCACACCCACUCAAACGCUAAACAGCUCUCUAAAUCAACCCUCAACCCCCAAUAAAUAUUUAUGCCCUCGCUUGGAUUGUUUGGACUGUUUGGAUUUGUAUCAUAAAUCACCCACACAUUCCAAUUCUGGUUUCCCCUACAACAAAACUCCCAUAUUAUCACCAGCGGCCUCAACUGUCAGCUCCACCAGUUCUUAUCAUUCCAAAGUCCACAAGGAUGUUUUACUCUCCUCAUCAAAUAUAUCGCUGACAUCAGUGACGAACAUUCAAGUCUCCACUUCGAAAUCAUCACGAGGCGGUAUGGAGAACAUGACCUCGAUAUUUGAUACACGUUCCACAAUAUCAUCCAACCCGGAGGAGAUUAGCUACAAAUGUCGCAUAUGUGAUAAAGUUUUUGGAUGUUCCCAGACUUUGCAGGCCCAUGAAAAAACUCACAAAUCCCCACGCUAUGAAUGCACCGAUUGCGGCAAAGGCUUCUCGCAGCUGCGCAACUACAAAUACCAUUUGUCAGUGCAUCGUGGCACCAAAGAGUUUGCUGCCGAGUGUCCAGAAUGCGGCAAGACUUUCAAUGACAAAGGCUACCUCAGCAGUCACAUGAAAAUUCAUCGCAAUAAAAAGGAAUACGAAUGUCCUUAUUGUCCAAAAUCCUUCAAUCAGAGAGUGGCCUUUAACAUGCAUGUUCGCAUACAUACAGGAGUCAAGCCACACAAGUGCUCGGAGUGCGGCAAACGCUUUUCGCGCAAAAUGCUGCUGAAACAGCACAUGCGCACGCAUAGCGGUGAAAAGCCCUAUCAGUGUUCGGUGUGUGGCAAAUCGUUUGCCGAUCGCAGCAACAUGACUUUACAUCACCGUUUGCAUUCGGGCAUUAAACCUUUUAACUGUCCCAUUUGUCCCAAGGCAUUUACCAAGAAACAUCAUCUGAAGACACAUUUGAACUAUCACACCGGCUGCAAGCCUUAUGUGUGUCCACAUCCGAAUUGCAAUCAGGCCUUUACACAAUCCAGCAAUAUGCGGACUCAUGCCAAAAAAUGUCAAUACAGACCGUUACAGUUUCCGUCCGCAACUUCACCAACAGUGGCAACAGCAACUCCUCCAGCCUCCCAAUCCUCUGUUAGAGCAUUGACAGCAGCCUCCGUUACGAAUUCAAACCAAAGUCGUUUGCUCAAUUCCAUUUCCCGUUUGCCAACGUCCACAACCUCUGGCUCAGGCAAUGGCCAUGGCAAUGGCAACAAUCUGUUCCACAAUGGCAAUGGAAACAUUCCAUUCAUGCCGGCAACCACUUUAGCGGCUGGAAUUCGGAUGUUAUCCACUGUUACUCCAACUGUACCUUCACAAUCUGCAGCAUUUCCGCCUGCCCAACAGCCUUUGCUAUCCACACUGCGUCCGUUUUGAGUGUUGGUCAUUUGGCUGUUCAUCCCGCCGCUCACUCAUCCAAGGCACAUUUAAACACCCGUAAUUGUCGUAGAUGGCCUUUUAAUGGAUGCUGCGUUCUCCUUCCCCCACCCCUUUUGCUGUCCCUCUCACUUUUUGACGGGAUGACAUUUAUUACAUCUUUAGCCACAUA